UCUGAGGUUUAACUUGAAGACCACGUCACUGGCAGGCUGGGGUCACUUGCUGCUUGUGCCUGCCCAGCCACUGAGAUGAUCCUGACACUGCUGCUCAGCCUUGGGGGGCCCCUGGGCUGGGGGCUGCUGGGGGUUGGGGCCCAGGAUCCUGGCAGCAGCUUCUCUGAUCCCUACAGACCCAGACCCCUGGGGUCUCCAGGAACUGAGGCUGAGGAUGGCACCAGGGGACCCAGUGGAAGUAACUGGUGCCUUUACCAGAUGUCCAGGGUGGUCACCUUCGUAGCUGCCUGCAAAACAGAAAGGUUCCUCGUCCACUCACAGCAGCCAUGUCCACAGAGAGCUCCGGACUGCCCAAAAGACAGAGUCAUGUACCGCAUGGCUCACAAACCAGUGUACCGGAUCCAGCAGAAGGUGCUGACAGCCCCGGCCUGGAGGUGCUGCCCGGGCUUCCAGGGCCCCAACUGCAAGCUCCAUGACCCCACAGUGACCGUGUCCCCUGCAGAGAUAGGUGACAGCCAACUGGAGGAUUGGGACAGGCCAGCUGACUUUGAACUUGCUCACCCUGCUGCAGAGCUCAGGGAGGCUGAGGAGAGCCUGACACAAGACCUCCAGAAUGACAUCCACCAGGAUGCUGAUGGCCUUCCGGGACCCUGGGCCACCUCAGCCACUGGGGACCUCACAGGGGGGGGCAUGGAGGAGACAGAGAUGGAGCCAGAUACCCCAGACAGAACCCUGGAAGGGAUACCAGCGCUGCAUGCAGAUGCCUUCCUGCAAGAGCACAUCAUGCCCAUCUGGAGGAUCUUCAACGAGAGUCUGCGCAGCCUCUCCCAGGCCGUGUGGAACCUGUCCCUUGACCUGGAAGCCAAUCGGCAGGCUCUCCAGCAUGUCCAGGACAGCUCUGUGGCCAGCCCUGACUUCCAGGAGCUGGGUGCCAAGUUUGAGGCCAAGUUUCAGGAGCACAGCAGGCACGUCGAUCAGCUGCAACAGGACCUGGAGGGCCGCCUGGAGGCCCAGCACCGGUCCCUGCACCGGGCCCUCGCUGAGGUCCAGGCAGAGAUGAACGCCAAGGUCAAGAGGCUGCUCAAGGCUCAGGAACCCCUGGGGACCAACGGUAGCCAGGUCGGGGUAGCUGCGAGACCAGAGCCAGAGAGCCUGCAGGCCAGGCUGGGCCAGCUGCAGAGAAACCUCUCAGAGCUGCACACAGCCUGCAGCUACAAGGAGGAGGAGCUGCAGGGGGCCUUUAGCGACGUGAGGGCCACCCUGGUACAGCACACACAUGAAAUCAAGGAGCUGUAUUCAGAGUCUGAUGAGACUUUUGACCAAAUUAGCAAUGUGGAGCGAUUGGUAGGGGAGCUGCAGGUGAACCACACCGGGCUGCGUGAGCUGCGCGUGGACCUCAUGGAGAAGUCUUUGAUUAUGGAGGAGAACAAGGAAGAGCUGGAGCGGAGGCUGCAGGAGCUCAACGUCACCCUGCAGCAGCUGCAGAGCAGCCACACGAGGUACCUCAGCAACUGCGGCUGCCCAAAGCUCUCCACGGACCCGGAGGUCAUGCACACCUCGGUGGACAAGCCCGAAUCGCUGGAGGCACAGGAUGCCUCCUCCUUGUGGGCUCUGCGCGCCACCAUGGAGGCCGCAUUGAGCACCAUGGAGGAGCUCAGGGCUGAGGACGAGCACGCGCGGGCGGAGAGGGCACGGCUACGGGGCCGCGUUCAGGUGCUGGACGGCGACGCACACACGCUGCGGAUGGCCGUGGAGGAUGUACAGCGAGACGCGCGCCAGCUGCACAGCUCUUUCGCUGCGCUGCUGCAGGACGGGCUGCGCCACGAGGCCGCGCUGGCUGCGCUUUUUGGCGAGGAGGAGCUGGAGGAGCUGUCAGAGGGCGCACCCGGCCCGCUGCCCCUGCGCUAUGGGCAGGUCCUCGAGGCGCUGCGGGACGCGGCCCGCGGGCUGCAGGAGCAGGCGCUCGGCUGGCACGCGUUGGACGCACGCGUGGCAGCUCUGGAGCACGCGCCGGGGUCUGAGGAGGCCGGGCUGGGUUGUGAGGCUCCCUGCGCUGCCAAAUUCAACCGGUCCCUGCAGGAUCUCCAGGGCAUGCUCACCGCCGCCCAGCAGGACCUGGAGCAGCAGCGGAGGCUCUUCCAUGCCCUCUUUGGCAACUUCCGAGGGCUCCUGGCCUCCAACGUCAGCCUGGACCUGGGCAAGUUGCAGGCCAUGCUUGACAGGAAAGGAAAGAAGCAGCAGAAGGAGCCGGCGGCCCACAGGAGGGACAAGGCACAGGAGCUGGAGCAAGGGGCCCCGGGCGCGGGAUCCUGGGGGCCAGGCUCCCCUGUGGCCUUCUAUGCCAGCUUCUCCGAUGGGACAACGACAACUGCCCCGCAGACAGUGAAGUUCAGUGACACAACUGUCAACGCCGGCAGCAGCUACUUCCCCGAACAUGGCUACUUCCGGGCCCCUGCGCGGGGUGUCUACCUGUUUGCAGUGAGCGUGGAAUUUGGACCUGGCCCUGGCACAGGACAGCUGGUGAUUGGGGGUCACCAUCAGACCCCGGUGCACACCACGGAGCAGAGGGCCGGGGGCACGGCCACCACCUUUGCCCUGGCUGAGCUGCAACAGGGGGAGAGAGUGUGGUUUGAGCUGACACAGGGCACGGUAGCCAAAAGGAGCCCCACAGGCACUGUGUUCGGGGGCUUCCUGAUGUUCACCACCUGAGCCCACUUGGCGGUCCUCUGACAUCGAGGACUUUCAAAGCCAGCAUGGACUACACAGUGAGGCCAAGAUUGGCUUUGAACUUGAUACCCAGGUCCAGAGCCCCUGGCUCCUGCCCAGGAACCUUUGCAGAGAUGUGUGGUGUUCAAUGUGUGCCCCUGCAUAGGCUGCAGUUGGGUUCUGAGGGGACCAGACCAGCACGCUGCUCUCUGGUUCACCCAGUCCCUGCCAGUGUGGCUCGACCCACAUCUGCCACUCCCUGCGUCCUGUCACUUCAGGGUUUUGCUCUCCUCCUGUGGUUGGAAACUCAUGUACAACAUGGCAAACCUUCCUUCUUCAUCUUCUCCCCAAGUGGCUGCUAGAAGGAAAAGUUUCAAGUGGAGCCCAUGGGCUGGGUGUAGCAUGUGCAGGGCCCUGGGUGCGAUCGCCAUGAUGCAAGAGAAAUGAAGGUGACAUCUGAGCUCAAAUGCCAGAGCAGUGGCCAGUGACUAGAGCAGCAGGCUAAAACCCACCCUGUGGUCUCCUAGAAAUGGAGCAAAGGAAAAUAAAAAGAGUAUCUUUGCUUUAGUCUCAGCCA